UUUUCUCCAGGUCACUGUUCUACUUGGCUGCUGUGAGGGAGCUCAGGGCUGUGACUGGUGAGCAGUGAGACUUCUCCACCCCAGACAGACGGACGGAGUGCCUCUGUCCGGUGCCCCUCCUCCUUUUCAUGGAUGCCAGGCUGGUCCUGCUGCAGCUUUGGACUCUCCUCGGUCUCCUGUCCGUAGCACUGGAGUUGACUGCUGAACAGACCGCUGCCGCGGAGGUCUACACUAACACCUGGGCGGUCCACAUAGAGGGAGGACCACAAGAGGCUGACCGCAUCGCCAGGAAACAUGGUUUCAUAAACCACGGCAAUGUGUUUGGGAGUUAUUAUCACUUCCGGCAUCACACCGUGGUGAAGAGAUCCCUAUCAGGCCACAGGGGAACACAUGUACGACUACAGAAGGAACCACAGGUGCGGUGGGCGGAGCAGCAGGUGUCUAGGCGGAGGAAGAAGAGGGAUGUCUACACCGAACCAUCCGACCCCAAAUUCCCCCAGCAGUGGUACCUGGUGAGCAAGUCCAACCCCAGCCAAGCAGACCUGAAUGCCAAGGGAGCGUGGUCCCAGGGUUACACUGGGAGAGGAGUUGUGGUCACCAUCCUGGAUGAUGGCAUAGAGAAAGACCACCCAGACCUGGCCACCAACUAUGACCCUGAGGCCAGCUAUGAUGUCAACGAUGGAGACUCUGACCCCCAGCCACGCUACACACAGCGCAACGAGAACAGACAUGGAACACGGUGUGCUGGGGAGGUUGCUGCAGCCGCCAACAACAACGUAUGUGGGGUGGGAGUGGCAUACAACACCAAAAUUGGAGGUGUGCGUAUGCUGGACGGGGAGGUGACAGACAUGGUGGAGGCCCACUCCCUCAGCCUGAACUCACAGCACAUCCACAUCUACAGUGCCAGCUGGGGACCAGAGGAUGAUGGGAAGACGGUAGACGGCCCCGCCAAGCUAGCCAAGGAGGCCUUCCUCCGAGGAGUCACUGAGGGCCGAGGCGGGCUGGGCUCCAUCUUUGUGUGGGCAUCGGGGAAUGGUGGUCGUGAGAAGGACAGCUGUAACUGUGAUGGUUACACCAACAGCAUCUACACCCUAUCCAUCAGCAGCACCACCCAGUACGGCAUGGUACCCUGGUACAGCGAGGCCUGCUCCUCCACCCUCGCCACCACCUUCAGCUCUGGAAACCCCAACGAGAAACAGAUAGUGACUACAGACCUGAGACAGAAGUGUACAGACUCCCACACGGGGACGUCAGCCUCAGCCCCCCUGGCUGCUGGGAUCAUCGCACUGGCUCUGGAAGCCAAUAUGAACCUGACAUGGAGGGACAUGCAGCACCUGGUGGUAAGAACCUCUCACCCCGCCCACCUCAGCACGGACGACUGGAGUACCAAUGGAGUGGGCCGCAGAGUGAGUCAUUCGUAUGGGUAUGGUCUGCUGGAUGCGGGGGCCAUGGUGGCCCUGGCUCAGAACUGGACAAGUGUGGGCCCACAGCACCAGUGUGUUCUCACCAUGCUCUCAGAGCCCAGGGACAUAAGCAGCCGGAUGCUGUUCAGUAAGACAUUGGACGCCUGCUGGGGCAAACCAGAGUAUGUCAGCUCUCUGGAGCACGUCCAGGCCCGCCUCACUCUCUCCUACAACCACAGAGGAAACCUGGCUAUACACCUCAUCAGCCCCCUAGGGACACGCUCUACCCUGCUGGCACCCAGGCCUAAAGACUACUCAUCAGAGGGAUUUAAUGACUGGGCCUUCAUGACCACCCACUCGUGGAUGAGACCCUCGAGGGAGUGGACCCUGGAGAUAGAGAACGUCUCAGAACAAGGGCACGACUAUGGUGUGUUGAGUCAGUUUACUCUGAUCCUGUACGGUACGGGCUCCAGCUCCAUUAACCCCUUGUCUCCUGACUUCCCCCGGCCGUCCAACAACAGCUGCAAGACCUUCGACGCCCAGCAGAUCUGCAUAGAGUGUAGCCCAGGCUUCUCCCUGUUCCUGCAGGGUUGUGUGAAGCUCUGCCCCCCCGGCUUCACCUCAGGCCCCCAGCUCCUCAACCUGUCCCUGGACAACUGGGUGGACUUGUCCUCCGUCCAGGCCUGCCUGCCCUGCCAUCCUGCCUGCCUCACCUGCUCCGGCCCCAGGCCCAACGACUGCCUCUCCUGCCCCCCUCACAGUCACCUGGUCCUCACCGCCUGCCUACACCAGAACCAAGUCCAGCGCAAGUCCCCAACCGGCCAAGUCCUCCAGGGAGAGGGGAGUGGACCAGGGGUGAGCCCAGUGGGGUCAGAGCAGGGGGGAGAGGGAGAGCCUCCAGGGCCUAACCUGGGCCUGUCCUCCCCUCUGGUUACCCUGCUUGCAGUGCUCAGCUGUGCCUUCAUCUUGGCAGCCUUCGCUGGGGUUUUCCUCCUGCUGCAGCUGCGCUCUGGUUGCGCCCCCUGGGCCCGAAGGACCAAACUGCACUCUGUGGAAACAGGGGGAGGGGCCUCGGGGGGCAUCCGUGUGGGCUUUGGCUUCGGCCUGGGGCUGGGCUGGGAAAGGCAGGGCAGGGCGUCUUAUAAGGGGAUCCCCACUGUGUGGAGGGACGAGGACCAGGUAACACUGGGGGGCUCUGAAUCGGACAGCGAGGAGCUAGACUGCCACAGUGAGAGGACAGCCUUUAUCAGGACACAGAGCUCCCUCUAGCCCCCUCUCUGACCCCUACAUCUGGGGGAAACUCUCUUCAGAGGGGUUGGUCUCUCCGGCCCCUUCCUCUGCUGGAGCUUAUGGGUCUGUGGUUUGGGUCUGGCUCAGGCCUCGUCCCUUGCUGAGACUGAUACACAGAGAUGCUGAUCCAGGGAUGUGAUGGCAGCCCAGCAAGCACCUCCAGGUCCACUGAUUCACCCUCAAGCAUUAGUCAACAGAAAAUGUUUUAAUUCUAUAAGUACCAUAUUUUAUUGUAUAUUCUUUUCCUUUGCUUUUAAAGACUUAAAUAAGAUUAUUCCCCUGGCCCAAGGGUAAAGGGAAACUACAGUUUCUGAAUUGAGUUGGGGAUCCAUAGUUUUCGCUAAUGUUUCCCAUUGACCUUAUUUUUGUUGCGGUAUACACAUGGCCCUGAGCCUCUGUCCUAAUAUGAGCAGGCAUGGGAAGAGAUCAGCAUACAUGCGCGUGUAUGUGUGACUGUGAUAGCCGCCCAACACAGUUUCUGAGUGGAUGAAGAACACAGCAGGGUUUAUUUAAUGUACAACAGAGAGAGAAAGAGAAACUUUGGAUUUGUAAAUUAGAUUCUCUCUGUGAUAAACACCUUCUGAUUAAACUUUUUCCUACUGCUUGUUCUUUGAGAGCUUCCUACUCUGCUCAAUAAUCAGUGGGCUGCUGCACUUCUUCAGCAGCUAAUACAACCCCACUAUACACUGAGUGUACAAAACAUUAAGAACCCUCCCUAAUAUU